UGUAUUGAGCUUUUAGGUCUUUUAUCCUUUAAAGACAAAAUGAAUACACUAGCUUAAAAUGGUGAAUAUUGCCCAUUAAUGGUGACCACCUUAAUUUAUAGUGUUAAUGUUUGCAUUAGUUUUUUCAUGCUUAAACUCACCUUAAUACUUGCAAAUAGCCUUAUUUUAUUAGUGCACUUUCAAGUCACGAUCUUUAAUCUUUCUUGGCACCUUUAGGCUACGCUUCCACUCUCGUCAGGCCUCGUUAAGUCUCUAAUAGUUGGGGUAUACAACAAGAUCAAUUAUCAACUACAGCCGUGAAGUUUAUUCAUUUUAGAAUAAAUAGCCUCAAAGUUUUUUUUACAAACAACAGUCUUCAAAUUAUCAAACACGACAUCGAUACAACCACUUUACCGGAUGACCUGCUAAAUAACCGUUGACCAAGGUAAAUGAUCCUUUGACUUUCAAAUUAAAUUCACUAAUCUAACCUGAUUACUCAAUUACCCUAAUUAAACCCUUCUUCACCAACUUCUCUCUGCCUAUCACCGUCCUUCUCCCACCCCAACACCACCAUCACCACCAUCAAAAUUCCUCCUUUAAUAACAAUCCAUCAAAGAUUCAUGGUCAUGUUCAAGCUCAAUUAUUAAAUUAAUGAGCAAAAUCAAGCUUUUGUUGAGUUAGAUUUGUUCUUUGAGUCUCAUCUCAUUUACACCACUAAAUGUAAUAGUUUUAUACGUUGAAUUUCUUGAUAGUUGACUUGAGGAUUCAGAGGUAAAAACCUUCAUUUCCAAUGUCAUUUUAUAUCCCUUAAUAUUAAUAUAAAAACGGUCUAGAGUGGGAAGCUGGGGAGAUUAGGUUGUGCGAUAAGCAGGCCCAAUUUCCAGAGAAUUGAUUUUCGGUCUAGGCGGAUUCUCGGACGGUGGCCGGCGGUUCUCAGGCGAAAUGAGAGGACGAGGAGGAAGGAGGGGGUGUCGUGGUGGCAGAGGUACCCCCAAUUCCAAGCAAGUAGCAUAAGUAGAAGGAGUGGGUCUAGGGCUUCAAUGGAGGCCCAAACAACUGCAGAUCUGAACGUCCAUGGUGAAGAAGGUCAACAAACUGAAGGAGUACAGCAGAAUGAGGAUGGGGACGUUCGAAGCCUAUACAAUAGUAUAAAGAAGAUGGUGGAUGAAUUAGGGAAAAAAAGGUGGUGAGCAAAAUAAAGUGAGUAAUGAGGCAAGUUCAUCGAUUCAAUUGGACCACUCAAUUUCAUCCCCUGCUGCUAACCUUCAGAAUUAGAAUACUUAUUGAUUUUACAAAAUAUUGAUAUCAUUUAUUCUGAUACUGAUAUUAUCAACUACCAAGAGUAACUUCAAUCUAAAAAGCACAGUUAAGAUUGAAGUAUUUGGAAACUAAUUGUGUGCUCUUUCAAUGGCCAGUAUUCAGCUUGUUCAUGAACUCACCUUUGAUUGGGUUGUUAUUAAUUAAGGAGGGGUCCCAAUGGUGGUGUUGGGGUGGGGGAAGGGUGGUAUUGGGGAGGGGCAGAGAGAAGCUGGGGAAGAAGGGUUUAAUUGGGGUUAAUUGGAUAAUUAGGUUAGAUUAAUGAAUUUAAUUUGAAAGUCAAUGGUCAUCUACCUUGGUCAAUGGUCAUUUAGCAGGUCAUCCGACAAAGUGGCUGUAUCGAUGUCAUGUUUGAUAACUUGAAGUCUUUUGUUUGUGAAAAAAAAAAAACUUUGAGGCUAUUUAUUUUAAAAUGAUUAAACUUUAAGGCCGUAGUUGAUAGUUAAUCCUUUUUAGUUUAAUAUAAGAAAAUUUGAGGCUAGAAAGCAUUAAAAUGAAUCAAGCAUAUUUUAAGGGCUUAGAAUUGAGGACAAUUCUUUUUUUUUAAGGAGGGAUUGAACUAGGUUUGCUUGGUUCAAGUCCUAUUUCAUUAUAAGAAGCUUACCGGAAAAGAAUGUGUUGAUGAAAAAUAAAAAUAGAAGCCUACAUCAUGUUAGCUGGUGUGGUGGAUAAGUGCAGCAAGGAUAAAAGUUGUUCGUCAAUGCAGGAUCAAAGUUCAAGCCUCCAGUUAAAAGACACAUGCAGCCUCACACGAUUACAUGAGUAUUAGCCUUGUUAUGUAAUUAGUUCUAGCUUUUUGUUUGUUAAAUAAACUCCAAGAUGUUAGGAGUUAGUUAGGAGGUUGUUAGGAUAUGCUUAUCUUUCUACGUUCUCCUAUAUAAGGAGGUCCUUGGAUCAUUUGUAAAGUAGCUUUUGGAUGAUUAAAAAUAACAUUCUAAGAGAUUAGAAUUAUAGAGAGAGGUGUUCUCUUUCAAGGGGAAUUGCAGGUGCAUAUUCCUAACCUAUAAUUCUUCCUUUGUGAGUGAAGCAAAAAGCGAUCAUAGUAAAAUCCCGUGAAGAUCAAGGUGAGCGAAGCCUUUAUUGAGAGUGUGGGGAUAAGGGAUUCUUGGUGACUAAAAUCAUCUACACUGCCUGGGGGUUCUUUUGACACGUCAGGAAGAUACUUAUGCUUGUAUCAAAUAUAAAUCUGGCCUGAUCAACAACCUAAUUAUGGGUCUUAAGUUGCCGAGCGAUGAUAUUCGAGGCGAAAUCAUGUUUGUCUUGUACAAGAUAUGUAUAGUUCAACAUUCAAGUAAAGAUGAUGAAGGUGCUGAUGUAUUGUUCGAGUAUUGUUCCAUAAUCUUGCGUCUAUCAUUGGAUGCACUGAUGAAGACUCAGAGGGAUGAUGUUCGCUUGAACUGCUUAGCACUUCUAAAGGCGUUGGGUCAAAGAGGAUACCUCUCAAAUGCCUUUUCAAGCGAAUUCAAUAUGAUGGAUACAUGUGAAGCUGAUAACUUUAUGCAAACUUCCAAUGGUGAAUUUUACGAAGUGUCUUUGACUAGAUUGUUUGCCGAGGCCAUUAAAUCUCCAUUGCUCUCUCCUGAUAGUCAAGUUCAGAGUUCUACGUUGGACUUCAUUAUACACUGUUUGUCAUGUGGCGCCUGUUCACUCAAACAGAUUCAACUCUUGGUGGAAGAAAAUCUUGCAGACUACAUAUUUGAAAUACUGAGGCUAUCAGAAUACACGGACCAAAUUAUUAGCUCAUGUGUUCAAAUUCUUGAUGUCUUAUCAACGGCCGAACACACCUUCAGGCAAAGGCUUGCCCUUGGAUUCUCUGCUGUGGUUUCUGUUCUGCCUCAAAUAACUGAAGUACCUUUUCAUCCUAUUCAACCUAAGAUGCUAAAGCUCAUUUUAGAUGGCAUCUCUAGCUCACCCGGAGUUGUAUCUGCAAAACUUGAGGAAGCAAUAAGUAGUUCCUUGGUGCUAAUGCUAAAGAGAUAUGCUGCUGGAGAGAUUGGCAUGCUUUCUGAAACAUUCAUUACCAUUUGUUCCAUUUUUGUUUCUCUUGUUAAAUGUCCUUCUGCUAGCGGUUCUUCAACACGGAUGCCUAUAAUCUUAGAAGCAUCCAAGCAUGCAGUUUUGGCCUCAUUGAGCAUAGAUGACUUGGACAGCUAUCAACAUCUGCAUUCUUUAGCUCUGUUAAAAGAGGCAUUCUUAUUGAUUCGUGAAACCAGCUCUUCAUGUAAUAGUACAGAAAUACAAAUGAGACAAACUAUUCUAGAAAUAUGUCGGAAGCAUAUAGUACCUUGGUUUAUAACAGAAAUUAAUGCAUUGGAAGAGGAUAUUAUUUUGGGGAUACUGGAGACCUUGCACUUUAUAUUGUUACAUUCUCAAUAUGAUCAAACCCUGCAACUCACGCAUACUCUACUUUCGGUCUCUUGGUUUAGCUUGUCUUUUAGAUGCUUAGGCCUUUAUCCAACAGAAAAGAUGAAAUUGAGGGUGUACCUGAUGUUAAGUACAAUUAUGGAUAAUAUUCUUGGUAAUGAUUCCGGUGAUUCCAUUAGAGCAGUAGCAUCUACUCUGCCUACGGAUCCUGUUGAUCUUUUGUUUCUUCUUGCACAAAAGAGCAACUUAGAGCUGUCGUCUUGCCACACCGCUGUACUACAAAUACUAUAUGUCAGCUCUUUAUUUGAUGAAAUGCUUGCAGACAAGAAGCUAGUUUUGACUUCUCUGGAGCAAUAUAUGCUUGUCAAUAGCAGCCACUUGCUUUCUAGAGCUGCUGCCUCAACCGAUAUAGUCCAUUUGCUGAAUGUUUAUGCUCUAUGUAGAAGCAUGACCAAGAUGAACGACCAAAUUUGUUGUAAUUUAGAAGCUGAAAUGAUUUUCUUCCUGGUCUUGGAGCGAGAUUGGGAUUUAUCAUCUUUUGACAUUCACCCAUCUUCACUAAAAUGGCUGUUUCAACAGGAGAAAAUCAGCAAAGUGUUGUCUAACCAGAUCCUCAAACUCUGCAGAAAUAGUUGCUCUAAUGGAACCCAAGCGAACGAUAGGAUUGUCAAUUUUCUUAAUAUAGCACAUUUAGCCACUGUGGGAGACAACCUUUUGCCAAAACUGUUGGUUCUUUUGCUCAAACAACUUGCUGGGGAAGAUAUGUCGCUCGGGGAUGUGAUAUCAUUACUUCAUUUUGUAUCAUCAAUUAUCAAUAUUUUUCCACAUGCUUCAGAUCAGCUCUGCACAAAUGGGAUGGGCUAUGCAGUUCAAAUUCUUUGUUCAAAGCUAUUAUGUCCUUCCUCGCUAGAGAAUUGCCUGAUUUUUUUGCAAUUUAUCUUCAUCACUUUACAAUCUGUGCAGUCUCAGGCACUCAUGGAUGAUGAAGCUUGGUUAGCAGUUGUUAUGAAGUUGCUGGAUUCUUUUCCUUCAAAUAUGACAGCCAACGAGUUGACAGAAGAGCACCUCUUAGUAUUUUGUAUCCUUUCAUUGGUUUUGCAUCAUUCUACUCAGGGGGCACUAGUAGAAACUGCUAAAUUCAUACUUCUGAAUCCUUCAUUAGCUCUUGUAAUGCAAGGCACAUUUGAUGCGCUCUGGUCAACUGGUUCUGCUUCUGUUGAACACGAAGAUGAAGCAUGCACUGAUCAUGCUGCAGUUUUUCUAUUGUCGUUUUGCCACUUUUACCUACAAAGUUUGAAGGUUGUUUUACCAGGAAGCAUGAAGUGGGAGAAUUUCUUUAACCUGCCAGAAGGGACAAGUACAUUUCCUUCAAUUGGAAUCUAUUGUCAUGAUAUAUGCAGGUUCUUGCAUUAUGGGUCAUCCCUAAUCAAAUUGGUUGCUUCAUAUUGCCUGAUUGAUUUUCUGAGUGGAAUCACAAAUCAACUGAACUUGAAUCAGAACAACGUAAAAUGCAGCAUGGGGUAUAUAAGGUCAAUGGUUGCGCUAUUAGAAGGCCUGAUUUUCCAUUGCGAUCUCAGAAUCGCCAUUAACUCUGGCCUCUGCUUAUCAAUUAUAUACAGCUGGGAAGUACCUAACUUAUACCAUACAAGUUUAGUGAGAACUAAUGGCUGGUGUCGGAUGAUUGUGGAAGAGCUGACGAGAUCUUUGGCGGCUCCAUGUUCAGUGUCAAUGUCAUUGAUGGAUAAUCACAGGCCUGCUGUGCACAUUGCUACGUCUGUUUUGAGGUUAAAGAACAUUCCUUCAUGGAUGAAUUCCGUGUUCGAUGAAGUCUGUGUGUCUAGCAUUAUCGAAAACCUGUGUCCAAGUAACAUAACCGUUGAGGUAGUUCUCUUAUUUCAACAGUUACUGAUUUCAGAUUACCUGAAGCCAAAUCAAAUUACGAAUCUAAGUCAUCUCCUUCAGGCAUGCAAAAGACGUUUGUGCAUGGAGAAUAGUGAAGAUAUAUGCACAGGAGAUGAGGAAAGGAAGAAGGUGGUGACCAUGUCUAGCAACCUGGAAGAAAUUUGUGAGUUUCUAGUUCAAUUAUUGACUUAUUCACAUCUGGAUAUUAAUUCUAGUGGACAUAAUGCAAAAAAUAGUCGAUUAAUGGAAGAAACAGAAUUGUUUUUAAGGCUUCUUGCAGGAAAUGGAGAAAAUUAAGAGCACAUUGAAAUCGUACUAGUAGAAGUUAAAGAUUUAUGGUGGGUUUUUGAUGUCAUUGAACACUAAAUAGUCCAAAUUGUAGAUUCUGAUAAUUAUAUUACAAAGUAUAUUGUACAUUUGUAUUUACGCAAGCGCUAUGAUCAUGAACUUAACCACAAUCUUCAAACUUGAUCUUCAACCUUCACCAUGAACUUAUUCAAUAACAAGAUCAAAGAAAAGAAAUCUUGUGAAGUGUUAGUUCUCCACAAGCGUAUGUGUUGGGACAAUUGAUUUCUCUGUCACGAGUAUGUCUAUGUUAGAAGGUUUGAUUGUAGAGAUUGGCCGUAGUCUUAUCCACUACGCCUCUUUUAAAUUAUAAAUCUUAUUAUUCUAGAA